AUUAAAUCGACUACGGAAAUCAUUUCGGAAACUUUUACCAGGCCGCUCACCGAGAGAAGAUGAUCGGAUAACGGGAAACAAGGUACCAAACCAGGAUCAGAUUGAGAGCAAUGUCCCAGUUGAAUGCGGUCCGGCCGCAGAGGAGGGACAGCAAAUUCAGCCCAGAGACAGUGACAUCAGAGACACUGAUCAGGACCCUGGAACCGGUACAAGUGAGGCGACUGUCUGUCAGCCCAGAGACAGUGACGUCACAGACACUGAUCAGGACCCUGGAACCGGUACAAGUGAGGCGACUGUCUGUCAGCCCAGAGACAGUGACGUCAGAGACACUGAGCAGGACCCUGGAACCGGUACAAGUGAGGUGACUGUCUGUCAGCCCAGAGACAGUGACGUCAGAGACACUGAUCAGGACCCUGGAACCAGCACAAGUGAGGCGACUGUCUGUCAGCCCAGAGACAGUGACGUCAGAGACACUGAUCAGGACCCUGGAACCGGUACAAGUGAGGUGACUGUCUGUCAUCUCGGAAGCUCAUUGAACACGGAAUUGUCAAGUGUCCAACAAGGAGCAGAGCAGCAAAAACUGAUCACACCUGUCCUCAAAAUGGGUCAAGGUGCGAGCGGUGGAGGAGUUCCAGUGAAGUCAACAUCGGGAAAGGACCCGGAUACGAGCUCAGUGAUCACCGAGCUCCUGGCAGGCUGGGACGAUUCCCAGCUGCUGCUGUUGAUGGAUUUCUACCGGGACAGGCUGGAGCAGGCGAUGGAAGGAGGGGUGCACGGAGUGAGCCUGGCGUUAACGGCCGAGAAUCAGUUCAGCGGAGAGGAACAUCGGAAAAUCUCUGAUCUCGCUGAUAAGGGAGAGCGGGCGGACAGUUCUAAACUCCUCCUGAGCCUGGUGAUGGAGAAAGGCUCCAGCGCCCGGAGGGUGAUGUGGGAAACCUUUGUGAAAAUGCGGAUUGGUGUCCCAAAGUUGGACAAAAUACUGAAAGAAAUACAGGAAUAUGGUUGUGUUCCGGUCCAGCGACCCGUCCCGGAGAUUCCCAGAGAGCUGAAAGAUGUUCAACAGAAACACAAGGAGACUCUGCGGACACAAACCGAAACACUGAGAGUCAACACGAUCCUGAUGAGGGAGAAGGUGAAGGUUUUCCAGCUGGUUGAUCGAUACGCUGAGCUUACGGUCAUAUCUGCUGUUCGAGAUCGGAGACUGGUGGAACAUGAGCUGCUGGCAAGAGGCAGAGACCACGAGGAGUGGAGAGUGAAACAUCUCCGCGGAGAGCUGGAGAAACUCCGGACAGAUCGGUUGUUCCAGAGCAGCUGUUCCCGGAGUAAAUCCAAAUCUGGGAGUUCAGCAGCAGUGGCCGGAGUCCCGGGGAUCGGGAAAACAACAAUGGUACAAAAGAUUGUUUAUGACUGGGCCACGGGGAAAAUAUACCAACAAUUCCAGUUUGUCUUCAGUUUUAAAUUCCGGGAUUUAAACUCCAUUAACUGCAGAAUAAACCUGAGGGAACUGAUUCUGGAUCAAUAUCCUUACUUUGGGAAUAUCCUGAGAGAGGUCUGGAAGAACCCAGAGGGAUUGCUGUUUAUAUUCGAUGGUUUGGAUGAAUUCAAACACAGAAUCGAUUUUGCUGACAGUCAGAGAGAUACAGAACCCAAGCACCAGUGCCCAGAUCCCGAGUGGUGGUGUGAAGUGUCUGACAUCGUGUACAGUUUAAUCCAGGGCAAGCUGCUCCCAGGGUGUUCAGUGCUGGUGACCACCCGUCCCACUGCGUUACAUUUAUUGGAAAAGGCUGAGAUCGGUGUCCGGGCUGAAAUCCUGGGAUUUGUUGGUGAGGAACGGAAAGAAUAUUUCAUCAGGUAUUUUGAAGAUCAGACGGUGGCAGCAGCUGUUUUCAAACAUGUGAAGGAGAACGAGAUCCUGUACACCAUGAGCUACAACCCCUCCUACUGCUGGAUCCUCGCUCUGGCACUGGGCCCCUUCUUCACACAAAGAGUCAGGGACCCGCAGCGAGUUCCCAAGACCAUCACCCAACUGUACUCCUACUAUAUUUACAACAUCCUGAAAAACCACGGCCGUGAGAUUGAGAACCCCCGUGAUGUGUUACUCAGGGUUGGUCAGAUGGCCUUCAGAGGAGUGUACGAUAGGAAGAUUGUGUUUACAGAUGGAGAUUUGAUCAACUACAAUCUGAAGCCUUCCCAGUUCCUGUCCGGAUUCCUGAUGGAGCUUUUGGAGAGAGAGGAUUCUGCCCGGAGCGUGGUUUACACAUUCCCACACCUCACCAUCCAAGAGUUUGUAGCUGCUAUCGCACAAUUCCUGAAUCCACAUCCCGGGGAUACCUUGAAAUUCCUCACUGAGGCCCACAGCACGACAGAUGGGCGAUUUGAGGUAUUUCUCCGUUUCGUUGCUGGUCUCUCCAACCCAAUGACAGCUCGGGGCCUGGAGGAGUUUCUGGGUCCAUUUCCUCAUCAAACAACCUGCCGGGUGAUUGACUGGGUGAAGGAGGAGGUUAAACGCCAGAUUGGAAACACGAGGAGUGAAGCUGGUAAAAGGAGCCUCCUGAACACAUUGCACUACCUGUUUGAGUCUCAGAAUCGUGGACUGGCUCAGGCCGCACUGGGAUCUGUGGAAACACUUUCAUUCUUGGGAAUGACACUGACCCCGAUUGACUGUGCGGUCCUGUCUCAUGUCAUCGGACUCUGUGAUACAAUAAAACACCUCAACCUGGAGAGCUGCCACAUUCAAUGUGAAGGAAUCCAGCGGCUGGGACCCGGGCUGCACAAGUGCCAGGAGUUGAGACUGAGUUUUAAUAAACUGGGAGAUUCAGGAGUGAAACUGGUGUCUGCGGCUCUGAGGAACCCGGAGUGUAAAAUACAGAAACUGCGGCUCAGCAAUGUUGUUCUCAAAGAUUCUGGUGUCGAGGAUCUCGUCUCCGCUCUCAGUACAAACCCAUCACUGACGGAGCUGGAACUGGGAUUAAACUCGCUGACAGACCGAUCUGUCCCCGCUGUCCGCCGCCUCAUACUGACCCUCCCGAGUCUGAAGUGGAUCCAGUGAGUGUUUGUGUUAAUGUUCAAUGUGAUAAAAUAUCAGCGGAUCCGCGGGUUUUCUGGUGAUAUUUGUCUGUGAGUGUUGUUGAAACAUUAACCCCAGUCCCCUGUUACUGACACUGUUGUGUAAUCUGUUUAUUUCAUCUUUAUUCUCCCAUCUGUUUCAGGCUGGCAGUGAAUCAGUUCAGUGAGACCGGGGGGAAGGAGCUGAGAUCUCUGCAGGAACCCAGACCCGGACUGACAGUGUAUCUGUGAACAUCUGAAUGUGUGAACAUCCCCGCCCGCGGGAUGCCGACAUUUUGGCCGAUUCCCCGCCCUCCCCUUUAACCUUCCCCGUACCUUUAAUGGCCACGCGCCAGGUUUAAUUCCCAACGGUUUUAACGGAAUUGGCUCCAGUCUCGCGCUGUGUGUCGUUCGCUGUUCUCCCGUAGUGACGUAUUUCCGCCUCCUGUCCAGUGCCGGAGCUUCCGCUGGAUGUGCGGGUUCGAGACCCCGGGGAAUUACACAGACAGGAAGAUCUCGGGGGACCGGUCUCAGUCUGGGACACCGGUGUCCCGGGGUGGGAUUAUCCUGGGAGAGAAUCCUUUUGCUCCCUUUGCUGAGGACGGUGCAUUCGGCAGUCUGGCCGAUAUAAUGAUGUUAAAUUGACAAAUACCUCGGCAGAAACCCUGGAUCUGCAGCGAUCUUGGACAUGGCCCUGAAUGUGAUUUUAUAACCGCAAACACGAGGAAUUCUGUAGAUGCUGGAAA